CAAAGAAAGCGUGCAUAUGCAAUCAGACUGACUGGCCAGAUACUUGCAUCCUUUUUGAAGCUAUGUCAAGGUUAAGUAUUACGUGUCGUGCUCUGUAUCUUCUAAAUUUGAGCUCCAGAUGGAAAUGCCACCAACAAACCUCCAGACUAUCAACAAUGAGCUGUGGACUUGAAUCAAUAUGUGGUGGUGGCAAAUCUAGGAGUAUUUCUUCAGCAAAGACAGUCACAAGGGAAGGACAUACACAGUGGUUUGAUGGCAGUCUGAAGAGAAGAGAACUUCAUUUAAGUGCACCUCUUGGAGAAGAAAACGCACCUCAGUUGAGAGAACUAACAGAGACCGACUAUGGGAGACUAGCAGAUGAGACAAUGGAUGCUUUAUCAGAUUAUUUUGAAGACCUCACAGAUGAGAACUUCACUGGAAUGGACUAUGACGUUGUCUUUUCUAGUGGUGUGCUGACGGUGAAAGUUGGCUCUGACCACGGCACAUACGUUAUCAACAAACAGACACCCAACCGACAGAUUUGGCUUUCGUCGCCGACAAGUGGGCCAAAGCGCUACGAUUGGACGGGGGAGCGAUGGGUGUACGCUCACGAUGGUGUGACAUUGCACAGUCUGCUCUCCAAAGAGUUGUCUGUCAUCUUCAAAUCAAAUAUAGACCUGUCGCAUCUCAUCCAUUCAUGAUGAGAACAAUUUGAAGAACAGACACCGUUAUUGAUCUUUUCCUUGCCAGUUCUCUUGUGACUCUCGUGAUCUUAGCAAGUUACUACUGUAGCCAAUGCUCAAAAAACCUAUUAGGCUGGCUUGAUAUUUUUUAUGGUUUAAAUAUUCCCAUUGUUCACAGACCUACAAAUUGGCCAUAAAAGCACAAAAAGUAUAGACCUCAGAUAAACUGCAGGGAGUAUUUGUGUGUCUGCAUUAUCAAACCUGUAUACAAUUGUAAGUUUUAAAUGCACUCAGAACAGCAGAAAGUGCUCUCAUAAUCAAAUCCCUGUAAAUGAACCUGGUCGGAUUAAAGAGAUCACGUUUAAUGGCUCUUAAACCACCUGAAUAAGACAAAUGGACACAGAUUGUUUUUCGGAGGCUGUAGUUAUCUGCAGCUUUCUGCACGCCUGGCCCUGGUUGAACUAGAGGCUGCUGGGUAGAUGCAGGAAAAGAUGAGGAUUACGACUGACAGAUGGAGAAGUUCUUGCUCUAAAAGCCCUCGGCCAGAGCCUUUAUUCAAGAAUUAUCUGUGAAUAACGGCAUCGCUCUCCGAUCAUAUUCCUCAGAGCUUUACCACCACCCUCAGAUGGUUUAAAAAUACCAGCCCAAAUUAGCAUCAACCCACCCGUCAGUUAAAGCAGUGUCAUUAACUCUGGUGAUACAACAAAGACGAU